AUGUUGACACACGAAGAACGAUGGACCGAUGCUCCAGUUCGACGUGUCGAGUCAACUGCUGCACGUAUGAAGGAAGGAAAGGUAAUAAUACCACCUACAGAACCAUUGGCAAACUACUCCUUCACAUCACCAUCAAAACCAACAAAACGUCCAUUUUCAAACAGAAUUGAGGAUUAUGAGCUACGUGAAUUGUUGGGAAGGGGAGGGUUUGGAUUUGUGCACAAGGCAAUAAGCAAAUGUCGAGGAUCAUAUGGACGAGAAGUCGCAAUCAAGCUGAUCGACAAGAAACUAAUGAAGGCCUCAAACAUGACUCGACGAGUAGCAAACGAAGUCGAAGUACAUUGGCAACUACACCAUUCAUCCGUCCUCGAACUCUACAACUAUUUCGAAGACACUCAAUACGUAUAUCUCGUCAUGGAGUUGUGUAAACAGGGAGAAUUAUAUCGGUAUAUUCAGAAACGUAAACAACCACUGUCUGAACCUGAAGCUAGGCAUGUCUUGUCCCAAAUCACGAGAGGACUCAUGUAUCUACAUGCUAAUGGGAUUAUUCAUCGGGAUUUGAAAUUGUCGAACUUGUUGCUUACGGAUAAUUUUGAUGUGAAAAUCGCUGAUUUUGGACUAGCAGUCAAACUAUCAGAGCCUGAUGGAGAGCAAAAGACCAUGUGUGGUACUCCAAACUACAUCUCGCCAGAAAUCGUGUCUCGUCAACCUUACGGGCUCAUGUCAGAUGUAUGGUCAUUAGGAUGUAUGGUUGUAACGCUCUUAACGGGAACACCUCCGUUUGAGAGCUCUGCUGUUAAGCAAACUCUGGAUCGUGUCUCUCGAGUAGACUACGUCUUGCCAGAUUCCUUGUCUGUGGAAGCCAAGGAUCUGAUAACUCGUCUGCUACAAAAGGAUCCUAAACGACGUCUCCCACUAAAUAAGAUCUUGGCACAUCCCUUCUUCAGUCCAAGUUUGCCAUUUACUCCAUUACGUGCUCUUGGAAGUGAAUGCAUUAAGAAGACAGCUUCGACAGAUGCUAUUAAAUCGAAACCGGAUCAACAACGUAAUGGUUUUCUUGCUAACAGUACUGUUAGUAGGCCUGUCGCAGAUAAGGGUGUCGCUGACAAGGGUGUCGCUGACAAGGGUGUCGCAGCAGGCGGACUAUCACGAAUUCAAGGGUCGCAACCAGUGUCAAAUACGGAGCUAGAUCAGCAGUUACCACCUUUUAGCACUGUUCGUUUGAAACCAUUAAAGCAAAAGACAAAACAUGGGAAUGUAGCGAUUCUAAACUCAGGAUGGCUGUAUUUAGAUUUUGUUGAGGAGCCCUUCCUCUUAAUGAUUAGCCCUGAUAGUCAACAGAUUGAUUUUUUUGAGCGUCAUUGUGAUCCUACCCUUGAUACGUGCACAGAUCGACCAUGGAAGUCGUUUACACGUAGUACUUUACCCACCUCGUAUGCUAAAAAGUUUCGAUACGCUUGUCGAUUUGUGGAUUUGGUGCGAUCAAAGACUCCCAAGAUCCUGUUUUAUUCUCCACAAGCCAAAUGUAUUUUGAUGGAGAACGGACCACUAGCAGACUUUGAAAUGACGUUUCAUAACAGUGAGACAAAGGUGCAUUAUUCCGUAGCCAAGAAUAGCCUUCAAAUCACCUGCCAACGUCCUGGAUCAUCAACAACAGAGACACAUACGAUUGAUACUUCAAAUGUGUCGAAUCUGUCACUCCAAUCGCAUCUAAUACCGAUAUUUAAACACGUGCAAGACUGUUUACGACAGUGUCUAGAUGUAGAAUCGUCUUCUAAAACAGAUGGGUCGACCAAGUAUCCCAUGAUCAUUAAAGCGUCUAGUGCUUCAGUGUCACCGUCAGCACGAUCUAGUCAAGCUCUAAGCCCAACAUUGUCUCUACACCCCAGCUCAAUGUCGACGUAUACUGCCUCUGCUGCAGGUAACGCUAAUGGAAAUGGUGGUAGUGUUGGACACAAGAGUAAUUAUAGUGAGAAUGGUGAAGGGCGCUCUGUGACUUCGAAACCGACUCACAGUGAAGCUCCUGUAGCGUCUAUGGAAUCUAAGAGACCGGCAUCUUCAAUUCUUAAACCAGAAACACAAUCUAGACAGCAGCAACAACAACCGCAACAGCAGCCACAAUCAACGUCUAGACCCAUAUCAGUCAUGUCUUCCAAGGAACGAGUAAUGGCUACCAGUAUUGGCAGCAGUAGUAGUGCAGCACCGCCAGAGUCCACGAAAUCAAGACCGGCACGCUCUGCUGUUUCUGAUUCAGCAACCCUCCAUUCGAAACCGAAUGGGGUUCGGCGUAGUAAUAACGAUGAUGCGGCAUCAGUCGUAUCAGCUUCUACGUCUGCUAAUGGGACGUCUAGUCAAGCCAUGCCAUGUUAUUUACGGGAUGUAGGGUGGUGUAUCAGAAACGGUGAUGGUAAAUUUUUGAUGUUAUUUCAAGAUGGUAUUGCUGUUACUGUUGAAGCCAAGCAUCAAACGUUGCUGUAUUGUGAUUAUGGGAGUACUGGUGGUGCUAGUGAGAGGUUUGCGAUUGACAGAAACCUACCUGAUCACGUCAAAUCUAAACUAGUGCACUUCCCAGUCUUUUUGCAAAUGUUCAAGUAG